UUUCUUCGCUAUUGCGGUCAUGCCCGCACUACCGUUAAAACCCUAGGUGCUCACAGUCGCCAGGGGUCGGAGGGAGGAGAGGCGGUGGUGUAAAUUGCGUGGGGCAGCAGUAACUUGGACGGGGACCAUGGAGGACGAGGAUGCGGAGCUCGAGGAGGGAGAAGCCAAGGAGGCCCUCGAUCCCGACACCGAUUUCUCUUACCUCGAUACGAGGUUGGAAAUGCUACUCGGUGACUGCCAAAAGGAGUUUCAAGGGGGGAACCUUUCUACAGAGAAACUGGGUUCCAAGUACGGAGGAUAUGGCACAUUUCUGCCAACCCAUGCUCGAGUCCCAUCUAUGCUGGCCGAUCCCCAUCCUGCACAUCCAGCACCACCUGCUGCUGAGGUUGCACGGCCUGCGGGAGAAGGAUGGAGCGUUUCAGCAGAGCCUGCGAGGCGCUCUGCGGGACCUUCAUUGCAACAAGCUAGCGCCAAAGAGAAUGGUGUUGUCAAUGCCUUGGCUGCCAGCAAUAAGGUGAAAUUAAAAAUAAAACUAGGUAAGCAAGCUGCGGACACAGAGGAAGCGAAACGAAAGGCAAUCUACAACGGACUUGGCUUGGACGACUUUUCAGACGAUGAACCGUCUUUGGACGAUGAUGACGACAAUUAUUCCCGUUCAAACGUGGAAUCCCCUGAACCCAGCCCCAUGGCCAUGAUUGAGAUGAUGACAGCGCCCUGUCCGGAAGGAGGCUUGCUUUCCCCAUUGUCGGAUAGCACAGUCGAGAUUAUGGACGUGAAAGAGUCCAACUUCUACAUGCAUAAAUCUGGGAACUUGCCUUCUGCUGCUACGAAUGCCUAUUCCUCUGCCAAUAAGGUUGAUCUCGAAUCUCCUCGUGGGCCUGGUUCAGACUACAGGAAAAGCAAAGGGUCUGAUGCUGUCAAGCAUUCUACAGAUGGUAAAAAGGGUGUUGACCUUGUCGCUGAAUCUAAUGGUGUGAGAAAAGCGAAAAGGGAAUCUGAUACAGAGAAGACUAUUGUGAAAGAACGGCUGUUAAAAGCUGGCAAGAAUGAGUAUGUCAAACCUGAGCAGCUUGAUUCUUUUGAUGAGAAAGGAAUGGAAGGAUUUGGACAGGAGGAAUAUGACUUAGUUAAAGACUCUACGUUGAAGAGCUCUCGGAAGCAACCUGAAAACAAUAAACCUCCGACCGCAAACGGUCAAAAGGACAAGGGAGCCACAGAUGGUAAAGGAUCUGGGAAACCACAGGCCUCAAAAAACAGGGACAGUAAAGAAAUCCCUCGAUCUAAAACCACUGGGAAAGGUCCUGCAUUGAAAGAUUUCGAGGCCGUCAGAACGAUUGAUAAUGAGAAGGAGGGCAAUGAUAAGGUUACAAGCCUGACUGAGCCCAGGAAGCUAUGGAAAGACGAUACCAAACACACAGCUCCUGCAAGAACCAAAGAGAACCCCAAGGAAGGGCUUAAAGAUAAUUCAAGGAGGGAUGCUGCCGGAGAGUUUAAAGGUAAAGAUGCGAUAAGGGAUGGUUCUAAGCCUGGAAGUGCCACCAAGAAAACAAAUAUCAGUGUUACGGGUCGGAAAGUUGUCCCAAAUGAGCAGAAGAGUUCAAAAAUUUCUCAGGACAAGAAAUUACCUGUGAAAGACAAUGAGAGAGAACGGGUGAGCCUGUCAGAACCUGUGCUUAGUAAGGAAGAAGAAAAACCUCCAGCACCUUUAGAGGCUGCUCCACCUUCUUUCGUGCUCCCCCAGCUUGUUUUAGACCACUGGGUCGCCUGUGACAAGUGUGAGCAAUGGCGAUUGUUGAUGCCGCAUGUAGACCCAAAUUCCCUACCCAAAAGAUGGCGCUGCAGGAUGAUGGAUUGGCUGCCAAAUAUGAACAACUGCAAGUGGUCGGAGGCAGAGACCACCGCGGCAGUAUAUACCCUACUGGGAUAUCAGAACCCUGCACUUCCUGGUGCUGGCCUUCCAGCCGCGGCAGCUGCCCCUACCGCGGUGCAGGCUCCGGUUCCAGCAGCAGAUCCUGUGGUGGACAAAUGGGCAGAUGAAGUGGAUACCAAGAAGAAUUUCCUACCUAAGAAAGGUGUAGCACGAAAACUGGGAAGCUCUGCUCCUAAGGUCGGUGGGGACAAAGGGAUUGAUGGAACAACGAAAAGCAAGAACAUUAAUGACGUGGGUUUGGAUAAUUUGGGUGAUGGCAUAGGAGGGAGCGACAAGCAUAAGCACAAGCCUAAGGACAAAGUCAAGCGCACGCGUCCCAGUGAAGGUGAAGAUACACGUAGCAAGAAAAAAGUGUUGCAGGAGCAAGAACGUAACAUUGAAGCAUCGCAAUGGAGCAAGGAGGACAUGGAUCUAGAGCCACUGCCUUGUGAUAGAGAGAGAGUUGGAUUUCUGCAUCCUGGAGAAACACAGGGUGGUGGUCCAGGCAAGAGGAAGAAGACGGUGGGGGCUGCCGAGGAUCUGGAUGAAAUUUCAAAUUUAAAAAGGAGCAAACCUGUUAAGCCGAAGGUACAAUACGAUGACCUGCAGGUUCCAAGUGAGGAUGAUUACGUGGAAACAGAUAAGCGUGGGAAUGUACAGAAAUCGAAAAGGGAUAUGUCAAUGCAGAAGCCUAAAGAUAACUCCAACACUACCUUACAAGAUAAAGAGACACAGGAUAUUAAUUCUGUUUUAAAAGACCUGAGGAAUCGUGAUGGAGUUGAGAAACGUGAAGAUGAUAGGGAUCAAGGCAAAAGGUCUAAGGGUUUAGAGAAGCAGAGGAGAUCGAAGGAAGAUGUUAGUGACUCAGAGCAAAGAACGUGGAAGAAGCGCCGGGACGAUGCAUUAUAUGAGAGACCCUCUCAAGCGAGUCCACAGGGGAAGUCAACGUACGGGAGAGAAGAUUUGAAUCGUUCAACGUCGUCUAAGGUUUCAAAUUCAUCUUCAGGAUCAUCCGGUCCAGGGUUGAAAGGCGUGGGCUCUCCUCUGGAGUCUACCGUCUCAUCGUCACCUGUGAGAGUAGCAAACGGAAAUAGAGAGUUCAGCAAUAGAGUAGCUCCAGGCCACACCGCUUUGGGUGCUGACAUUGCUAUGCAGUCGUCACCAGGCCCUAAGCAUGUUCGGGCUGCUUCUCGUGGAUCUUCUUUCGAUGAAGGAGAAUACCGUCAGCCUGGGGCUACACACAAUACCACAAGAUUCGGGAAACAAGACUCCAGUGGUGAGGCGCGUGAUGAUGGUUGGUACGACGAGGAGGACAGGGGUGUGGAUCGGGCACACAGUCAUAAUUAUCAUCCAGAGCGGCAUCCACAUAGUUCGGGAGACAUUGAUGACGAUGGCCACCAGCGAAGACGGAAAGGCAACCGUGAGCAUGAUAGUGAUUCCAGGAGGCUUGAUAUUAGGGAUUACGAUCAUGUUGACCACAGUGAUCACUAUGUUAAGGAGAGGAACAAUCCAAGAGAUGAUAAAUGUCGUCCUCCACGAGAAAGUGUUCCGGAGAAACCUGUGCAGGGGCACGGUGUUAGGGUUGCCCCUGUAAGCAAAGAUUCCAAUCGAGAGGGGGAUAGAAUUGUUUCAAAUUUGCGUAAAGACGGUGGUGGAACUGCGGCAGGACCUACGGACCUUAGUAAGAGGCCUGGGGCUUCUUCAAAUACUCGGGGUGGGGGUGAUAGAGGGGAUGGAUUGAAACGGGAAGAUAUGGAAAUUGGUUUAACAAAAGCCUCAGCUGGAGAGGUAGCAACUGACAGCCCUGCAAAGAAGGAACAUGCCCACGCUCUUCAAUCAAAGACUUUAAUGAAGGCUGCGAAGGAUCUGAAGCACUCUGCAGAUCGGAUGAAGAAUACUGAUGAGACAGGAAGCACCAACUUAUAUUUAAUGUCAGCCCUGAAGUUCUUACAAUCAGCAGCGCUAUUGGAACCAUUACAAUCAGAAAGUAGCACUUCAAAGUCAAUGGAACUCUAUAAAGACACAGCUGGCCUUUGCGAGUUUUGUGCUUGUCAGUAUAAACGACGGGGUGAUCUAAGAGCUACAGCUCUAGCUUACACAUGUGCAGCUGUGGCUCGCACAAGGCUUAUGAUGUCUAAAAAAACAUCCUUUGCAAAUGACUGCAAAGAAGUUCAGUCGGCUGUAGAAUCAAAGUCUGCUCCGCACGUGCCCUCGAAUGGGGAGUCUCCGUCGUCUUCUUCAGCGUCAGAUGUGGACAAUCUCAAUAAGCAUCACGGUUUAAUUCCUGGCAGCAAGGCCUCGUUAAGCAAGGCAGCAAUAGUGUCUCCUCAAGUGUUCUCAGGAGCUUCCGGCACUUCACUUAACAUUCCUGCACGGUUGCGACCCGUGACGACUCGAUUUCUGAAAGAUGCCCAGGAGAUGAGUUUGCUGCUGGAGACAUGGCAGAAAGCAGCUGAGGCAACAACAAAGGCUGAGGCAAGUGAGGAGACGCAGGGCAUGGCUGCUGUGAAGCAGGUGGGGGAGUUGGGUGGUCUGGGUGAUAUUGAUGGAGUUGUACGAUUAGUAAAAGUUGCACUGGAUGCAAUUGGCCACUAACUAGGCGAGGAACUUGAAAUCCGAGAAUUGAGUAGGGGAGUGCAGAGACAUGUAAGUACUCUGCCCUUGUUUGUAAGUAAACAAAUCCCCGUCUGAGCAUAUCUCCGUCUGAGUGAAUUUCAUUGUACCAUUGUAAUGUCACAAAACAGAGUUUAAAUAGGUUAGGAUACAUUGCUUUCACCUGCCCCCUCUUUCAACCAAAUGGCUGGAGAGCAUCACAGGCUUUGAAAUCGUACACACUUGGUCGUAGACUCUUCGAUACAAUUAGAGAUUAGCUUGUAAAAGUUGAGAAUCCUGAAAUAUUUUGUUGGCUCCUUUUUCCAACGUGUAAGAAGUCAUUUGUCCAAUAAUACUACAAAUAUGCUAUCAGUUGGUCAUUCUUCCACAAAGCAGAGCCUGAAGAAAUGCCAUACGGAUCAGUUUUUUA